AUGGCUAUGGCAGGCCCCGCUUACUCGUCUACAGAGGAGACAACAAAUGCCUGUAGAGCCUGUCGACUUCUCCUGGGUCCAUGUACAGAUCAACUGAGGGAUGUUUUACUUCACCAUGUACCACCGUCAACAUUCCCACACGUCAUAAAACAGAAGAUAAGCUAUCUUCCUCGUCUGACAACACCACAAAUGAACCUUAUUUUACCCAGAGGUAGUAGCUAUACUGGAACCUAUUGUGAUUUUGAUAUUUCUUUAUUGUACAUUCUGCUUAGAAACAUCUGUGGUAUACCACCACACAGCAAAGGUUGGGGAAAUAGUCCAGAUCUUACCGACAAAUCUCUCUCUGCCAAUAUUGAGAGGAUUCGUAUUGCCAGAAAUCAGUGUGUGCAUUCGUCUGGUCCUGAACUCUCUAAUGCUGAUUUCAACAACAUCUGGUCCACUGUCAGAUCAGCAGUUGUGGACCUUGAUUCCUGUCUAAGCAAUUUAAAUAAGUAUGAAAAAGAGGUAGACUUUUUGAGACAUGAGACAAUGGACCCUGUCCGAGACCGUCAUUUCAUAGAAGAACUGAGAAAACAGUCUGAGGAAGAUUCAGCAACAAGAGAGCUACUUAACAGAUUGAAAUGUAAACUAGAGGAGAGUGAAAGAGAGAGAACUGAGAAUCAAAACAAAAUGCUAAAAAUUGUCUAUGAUAUAAAGACCCCAAAGUCUGUAAUCCCUCCCAAUGUCAAAGAUCUUCACGACAAAGAAUCUAUGCAGUGGAAAGAAGAAGAUUGUCUCUACAGUGAAACUCACAACUUCGAUGCAAUGCUACAGAAAGUACGAAAUAAACCGUAUAUGACAUUUGUUGGAGUCCCAGGAUCUGGAAAAUCAGCAACGAUUCAUCACAUUGCUCUUAUACUCCAGAAAGAAGGAUCCGAGGUUGUACCAAUACUGGAUAUCAAGAAGAUUGAAGAUUAUUGUGAUUCGCGAAAUCCACAGGUGUUUGUCAUUGAUGAUGUGGUAGGUGUGUUAGGUCUUCAAAAACAAAAGUUAGACACACUUAUAGAUUAUGAAAAACAAAUUUUAGAUCCUGCCCAUAGAAAUACAAAAGUUUUGAUGUCAUGUAGGGCAAUAGUGUUUAAAGAAUGUUACAAAUCAUUUUUUGUAAACGACAAAAACGUUGUUAAGAUGGACAGUUCAGAAAAUGCUUUGAAUGAGGAUGACAAAAAAGCGAUUCUUCAGAAACAUGGUCUUGAUAGAGAUUUGUUGUCUCCUACAUUGCUGAAAGAAACAUCAAAUAUGUUUCCUCUUUUGUGUAAGCUUUACUCAAAGGAGGAGACAUUUAGAAAAGAUGCUGAAAGAUUCUUUACCUGUCCAGUUCAAUGUAUUUUAGGGGAGAUUGACAGAAUGCAACAGGAAAAUAAUUUACUGUAUGCUACAUUGGUUUUGUGUAUGUUUAAUGAAAAACUGUCUUUCGAAAUAUUAAAAGACACAGGGAACAGUGCUUUCUGUGAAAUGAAAGCAAAAGUACUUGAAAACUGUGAAGUUGAGAAUAACACAGAUACAUUUAAAUUUCUAAAAGCGUUGUCAGUAAUGGAAGGGACCUACACAAAAUCCCUCUCUUGUGAGUAUACAUUAACUCAUGAUUCCCUUUUUGAAAUUGUUGCCUAUCAUUUUGGUUGUCUGUUUCCCAGUCUCAUUUUGCAAUAUAGCAGCAGUAGUUAUAUUGCUAACAACGUAAAAGUGCAAGUUAGCAAAAACGAGUUUGAGAAUGACUAUGAAGAAGUGAAAGAAAGUGUGAACGUCGAUGAUGAAUUGAACGAAUUGAACAUAGUUGAAACAAUUAGUAGUGAAAGCGGAUUUAUAAGGGAAUCAUUUGAUCUCUGUAUAUUGUUAAGAGAAGAUCAGUAUUCAAAUUUAGCAGAUCGUUUGUAUACAGACAUAGAAAAGAUGGAAUUAUAUGAUGUGUUUAUGAAUGAUGUUUUAAAACAGUCCAAGGUGUGCCAGACUUUCAUUGAGAUAUUAAUGAAAAAGUCAUACAAAGCGCUUAAGUCCUUAUUUCUGUCAGAGCAGAAAGAUAUCUGCAAAAUAAAAAGUCACAGGAAACGUUUGAGGGACAACAUGUGGGCGAGGACUGAAUGGAGCAAGGAACAGCACAGACAGGAUGUUCUUGUGAAUAAAGGACGAACAAAUGGAACAUACAGUGUGAGAGUUAUCAGUUGGGUGAUUUAUUAUGGGCAUGACCGAAUUCUAAAAUACAUUAUAAAGCAAACUGAAGCACAUAAUGAAACGCACUCUGAACUCUUUUGGAGUUCUUUUCCCCCCAAGACAAGCCAUGAAACAGAAAAGGGGAAUAAGAAUGUUGAUAAAAAUCAUGCAACAUACAAACAGGACAGCAUUCCCUCUGAGAAAGACCGCUUAUUUCUUCUAAGUUGUUACAGUGGUGACUUAGAGACAUUCAAAGUUGUUAAGAAAUAUAUGAAUACAGUUUUAAUAAACAGGGCAUUCGAAUUUUAUGACACGCCACUUGUAGCAGCAUGCCAGCUUGGGCAUUUGAGUAUAGUAAACGAACUGAUAAAAUCAGGGGCUGAUGUCAAUCUUCAAAGUAAUGAUGAAACACCACUGACAGUAGCAUGUUCCGAGGGACAUGUAAGUGUAGUAAGGAAAUUGCUAGAAGCAGAGGCCGAUGUGAAUCUAUAUUGUAGAAAUGAUACACCACUGGCGGAAGCAUGUAAUGGGGGGUAUAUUGAUAUAGUAAAGAUGUUGUUAAUGGCAAAGGCUAAUGUAGAUCCACUUAGUGUUUCAAAUACACCUCUGAUAGCAGCUUGUAAUAAGGGGGAUAUAAAUAUAGUGAAAGAGCUUAUAAAAGCCGGUGCUGAUGUCAAUCGAAAAGGAGAAUGUCAUACACCACUGACAGCAGCAUGUAAAAGCGGGCAUUUAUGUAUAGUGAAAGAGCUAAUAGAGAAUGGUGCAGAUGUCAAUUUACAAAGUCGGAUUAGCUAUAAAAUAGAAUCUUUAAAGGCUAGACAUUUCAGAAUAUAUGUAGAUAUGCAACAGGCGGGAACAUACGGCAGUUUAGCAGGAGAGGGUAAUACACCUUUGAUAGAGGCAAUUACAACUGGACAUAUGAAUAUUGCAAACGAACUGCUUAAGACGAAGGUUAAAGUCAAUAUAAGAGGUCGGGAUGAAACAGCCCUGACAGUAGCCUGUAAAGGUGGUCAUUUGAGUCUUAUAAAGGAGCUUUUAGACUUGGGAGCUGAUGUCAAUUUACAAAGUAGGGACGAUACACCACUUAGAAUUGCAUGUGAUGCUGGCAAUAUAAACCUCGUAAAGGAGCUGAUUGAGGAAGGGGCUGAUGUUAAUCAACAAUGUAUAUAUGAAUCGCCACUAAUAGCAGCAUGUGAUCGUGGUAAUAUGGAUAUCGUGGAGGAGCUUUUACAAGCAAGGGCUGAGGUCAAUAUGCAGGAACCAGAUGGAAGGACCCCACUUUACAUACUGAUUUAUAAUAAAACUCAAAAUCUCAAUCCUGCUGUAGAAUUUUUGUAUAAUCACGGUGCAGACCCAACAAUCAGUGAAAAAGAAGGCUUAUCAGCCAUGUGCAUCGCAUUAAUUCAAAACAAAAUUGAAAUUGUAAAGCAAUUAUUACGAACUGGUAAUAAAAUUCAGAUGAAAAAACUGAAGUUACAUUUGUGUAAAUGUUUGGUGAAUAUAAGAGGAUGUGAUGUUUUUACUGAUAGUAAGGAUGAUGUGGCGAUGACACAGAACCGUGUGUGGCAUAUAAAUGAAUUAGGAGAUUUUUUUCGGACUGUCGAAAAAUGCGAAUGUGACGUAAUAAAACAUCUGUUAGUUUUAGGUCUUGGUGCCAAUCAGAUGAUACGUGUAGAGCACAUCGAUUCUAGGUAUGGGCAUGACGUGAAACCCUUGUUGUUUGUUAUGAUUGAUGAAAAAAGUAUUGAAAACAAAGUAGAGAAGGUAACCAUUCUGCUAAAAGCGGGGGCAGAUGUCAAUUUGAGGGUAAAGUAUACAGAGAAUGAUUCUGUGUUAGAUAGAGAGGGUGUUUCAGUUCUAGAAAGAACACGCAGACUCGUUGGUAAAGAGCAGGGGCUCGAGUACAAGAGAGUACUAAGUGAGUUGAAACAACAUGUGAGAAGAUACUCUGUGUAA